AACCGCCUCGGAAAAAUAAAACCAUUCCUCAUACAGUCUGGAAAUGUUGAACGACGCGCGCGCAACUCCAUUCCGCUUGCGAUAGACAGUAACCGUGAUAAUAAAAUACGUUAAUGUAAAUAAAUAAAUAAAAAAUGGUGACGAUUAAAAAUGAGAAACAAACAGAGGACACCGAGAAACCAAAGAAGAAAAGUCCCCCUAGUUUAUUUUCUCGAUUAUUUUUUCUGUGGACGUUUCCCUUAUUCUAUUAUGGAAAUCGUCGUGAUCUGGAAGACGAAGAUUUAAUUCCAGUAAAAUCUGUAUAUAAUUCGAAAAAUGCUGGUGAUGUUUUGGAAAGAAAUUGGCUACACGAGGAAGCGAUGGCAAAGGCCGGAGGGAGACAGGCAUCGUUUGCAAAAGUUAUAUUUAAAACUUUUAUAUGGUCGUUUAUACCUGGCGGAAUUAUGCAAUUUAUAUGCAUUUCAUUGAGGACAGGAGCACCGUUACUGUUUGGUAGUUUAUUGGAACAUUGGUCAGUCAAUUCUGAAAUGACUCGUGAAGUCGCUUCGUAUUACGCAGCUGGUUUGAUAUGUGCGAAUUUACUGUCGGCCUUCUUCAAUCAUCAUGGUAAUUUUUACUGCCAGCAAUUUGGUAUGAAAUUGAGAGUCGCCACCAGUACUGUUAUGUUCAGAAAGAUUAUGCGAAUGAAUAACGGAUCGCUAGGUGAGACAACGGCUGGGAAAGUAGUCAAUCUGCUCUCGAAUGACCUCCAAAGGUUCGACCUAGCGUUCCUUUUCAUGCACUACGUAUGGAUAAUUCCGCUGCAGCUUGCCGCUGUAUUCUAUUUGGGAUACGCUCAGGCUGGAUACGCCGCAAUCAUUGGCCUGACUGCGUUGAUAGUCAUCGCCUUACCUAUUCAAGGUGUUAUCGGUCAAUUACUCGGAAAAGUAAGAUUCCGCAAUGCCGAAAAGACGGACGAACGUAUUCAAGUUAUGAGUGAAGUAAUUAACGGUAUACAGGUUAUAAAAAUGUACGCAUGGGAAAUACCAUUUCAAAAAGUAGUUGGAGAAAAACGUAAAAAGGAACUUAAGGAGGUUGAAAUAGCAACAAUCUACAGGACUAUCUUUCUCGGCUUCAUGAUUUUCACUGAGAGAGCCGCAACGUUCAUCACUAUUCUGACUUAUAUAUUAUUUGGAAACGUACUCUCAGCUAACGUUAUUUACCCGUUGCAGCAGUUCAUAAGCGCAGCGCAGUUGAACAUUACAUUCAUUCUGCCCUUAGUGCUGUCCUUCACCGCCGAGCUCUUCGUGUCCUUAAGAAGAGUACAGGAGUUCUUAGUCCUUGAGGACAGACCAGACUUGACGGCGUUAAUGGCGGCGCCAGAGUCGAAGUUAUUCCGCAACGUCAUGGGCAGCUUGAAGGAGUCGAAGAAUUCUCCCAUCCGACCACUCUCUUACCACAACAACACGGAUAAUACCCCUAGUAAUGGUGUCAAUGGCUCAGUUGGGAGAAAAUUCCGUCGAAGCAUCUCACUAUCCAAUGAUACGGUGGUUGAAAUUCGUGACGUAUCAGCGAGCUGGACCGGGGACCCGAAUUUCAUGGCGCUUAAAAACAUAUCCAUGCGAAUUCGAAAAGGAAAACUCUGCGCUAUUAUAGGCGCUGUUGGCUCUGGCAAGUCUUCAAUUCUGCAACUGCUGCUUAAAGAAUUACCAGCGGCAAGUGGUACUCUAUCUGUGUGUGGAGAAAUUUCAUACGCGUCUCAAGAACCGUGGCUUUUCCCGAAUACUGUUAGAGAGAACAUAUUGUUCGGUCUGCCAUAUGACGCGGCCAAAUAUAAAAGGGUAUGCAAGGCAUGCACUUUAGAAAAGGACUUCAAGCAGUUCCCGUACGGGGAUAUGACGCUGGUAGGGGAGAGGGGAGUGUCGCUGUCGGGAGGGCAGCGAGCUAGAAUCAAUUUGGCGCGGGCCGUCUACAGAGAAGCCGAUAUCUACCUCUUGGAUGAUCCACUCUCAGCAGUGGAUGCGAACGUUGGCAGACUACUGUUUGAAGGUUGCAUCAGUGAAUAUCUGCGUGGAAGCACCCGAAUAUUAGUGACACAUCAACUACACUUCCUUAAAGCCGCAGAUUACAUCAUAGUUUUGAACGAGGGUGGAAUUGAAAACAUGGGCACAUUCGAUGAACUUGCGUCAUCCGGUAAGCAGUUCGCUCAAAUGCUGUCUUCACUGCAAGACGGCAAAGACAAAGAUGCUGACAGUGUUAAAUCCGGUAAAUUAGACGAAAAACCAGCUCUACUUCGAACCAUAUCGACGACUGAAAGCAUUGACCAAGGUGAAGUAUUUAAGGAACAGAAAAUGGCAGCAGAAGAAAGGCAAUCAGGAAACUUGCGUUGGGAAGUUAUGUAUGCUUACUUCAGAUCAGGCGGAAGCGCCUUGUUCAUCCUACUCAACGUUAUUAUGAUAACGAUAACAGCAGCUAGUGGAGCUGGCUCAGAUUACUGGAUCAGCUACUGGACAAACCAGAUGGUGUUAUAUGAAGUAGAGGUUGGCAGUGAUAUGGACCCCGGCCUAGAUGUUCAAAUUGGUCUUUUUACUACCGGCCAAUACCUCCUCAUACACGGCGCAAUCGUGAUUAUAUGCAUCCUUCUCACUCACAUUCGUGUCAUCCCCUUCGCAAAACUCUGCGUCAGUGCCUCUCAAAAUCUCCACGAUAGCAUGUUCUCCACCAUGAUCAAGGGUAUCAUGAGAUUCUUUGACACCAGUUCUUCAGGUCGAAUUCUCAAUCGAUUUACAAAGGACAUGGGCGCUGUGGACGAAAUUUUACCGAGGUCGCUAUUGGAUGUUUUACAAAUAUACAGUACUUUGCUAUUCAUAAUAGUUCUCAACUCAGUCGCAUUGUAUUGGACAUUAAUCCCGUCAGCUGUGCUAAUGAUUAUUUUUGUUUUUCUUGUUAUGCUAUAUCUGAAAACAGCCCAGGGUGUCAAAAGGCUUGAAGGAACAACAAAAAGUCCUGUUUUUGGGAUGGUAACUUCUUCUCUCAGUGGUAUAGCUACAAUACGGUCAGCUGGCGCAGAAAAAAGACUUGUUGAUGAAUUUGAUGUGCAUCAGGACCUACACUCCUCCGCCUGGAACUGUUUCCUUGGUGGCGGAUCAACCUUUGGAUUUUACUUAGAUGUAUUGACCCAAGUUUAUCUUGCAAUCAUUAUCUUUGUUUUCCUGUAUAUUGACUUCGGUAGCAUAAUCGCUGUAGGUAGUGUAGGAUUAGCCGUCACUCAAACGAACAUAUUGGCUGCGAUGUUGCAAUAUGGUGCACGUGUAUUGGUGGAGUUCUUGGCGCAACUUACUAGCGUUGAGCGUGUACUAGAGUACACCCGCAUCGAAACUGAAAACAAUCUCUUUGACGGACAAAUAGCACUACCUCCUACAUGGCCUUCUCAAGGAAACAUCACGUUGCAAAAUGUCAAUUUGAAGUACGCGCUUGAUGAAUCACCCAUUUUGAAAAACUUGAACCUGUCUAUUGAAAGUGGAUGGAAGGUUGGCAUUGUUGGUCGCACUGGCGCUGGUAAAUCUUCACUAAUCUCAGCUUUAUUCCGUUUUGCCUUUAUUGAAGGUAAAAUUGUAAUAGAUGGAAUAGAUACAUCUCAAGUUUCUAAGCAGGGCUUGAGAUCAAAAAUCUCGAUCAUUCCUCAAGAACCAGUGCUCUUCUCUGCUACUAUAAGAUACAAUCUCGAUCCCUUCGAUAUUUAUAGCGAUGACGAACUUUGGCGAGCAUUGGAGCAGGUUGACAUGAAAUCAGCUGUGCCUUCUUUGGACUUUAAAGUGACAGAAGGAGGUUCAAAUUUCUCUGUCGGGCAAAGGCAACUCAUGUGUUUAGCUCGAGCAGUUUUAAGAUCAAACAAAAUACUAAUCAUGGAUGAAGCUACUGCUAAUGUCGAUCCACAAACCGACAAUUUCAUACAGCAGACGAUUCGUCGGCAAUUCGCAUCGUGCACUGUUUUGACCAUCGCUCAUCGUCUUAACACAAUCAUGGACUCUGACAGAGUUUUAGUCAUGAGCAGCGGAGAAAUUAUUGAAUUCGACCAUCCUUAUAACCUCCUCUGUGAUCCAAAUAGCCACUUCACCUCGAUGGUCAAGGAAACUGGAGACAAAAGCAGUGAAAAACUACUACAAGUUGCUAAGGACGCAUAUUUCCAGAGUAAUGUACAAGAAAACGCAAGAUGAUGAUAGUCACAAAAUGUAUAGCAUACGUAUGUGAUA